AAGUUCAGUAUUUAAAAAAAUACACGUCAAGGGUAUAGGUCUAUAUUUAUUAAAUGAAACGCAACUGAUGACAGUAUGUUGUCUGGCCUUAAUAAAAUGUAAAUACAUUGUGGACACCCACUUGUUAUUAUUCGUGCUGCUUACCCGUCGCUGUAGUGGUACAAUCCCGUUAGUCGCAGUUGAUUUACUGCGCCGUUGCAAAGACUGAAGCAAGUAACCAAGCCGUCAACAAGAAGUCCCAUCAUGUGGACUGUUUGUACUGCACUGUAAAACGGACGGUAAAAUGAAGUUUUGUCGUUUGGCUGUGUUGAUAUGCGUAUUGGUCUGCGUCUGUGACGGCGUGCACGUGACGGUGCAGGAGGAGCAGCAGUUCGCCAUGCUCUUCCAGACGGUGGUCUUGCCGUGCCAGUACCACACCGCCUCCACCAAGACGCCGGUGGUGCAGUGGUGGUACAAAUCCUACUGCCGCGACCGCACGCAGGAGUCCUUCUCCCCCAGCACUCUGGGGGCGAUGGGCUCCGCCCUCGGUGCCCAGUCCCACCUGGAGUGCUCGGAUACCAGCCGCACGGUGCGCAUCGUGGCCUCCGGCCAGGGACCCUCCAUGACCCUGGCUGAGCACUACAAGGGCAGAGACAUCGCCAUCGUUGACAAAUCGAACUUGCGGAUCGGUGAGCUCCAGUGGGGCGACAGUGGCGUGUACUUCUGCAAAAUUGUCAUCCCAGACGACCUGGAGGGCAAGAAUGAGGGCCAAGUGGAAUUACUAGUGCUGGGUAGGACAGGUGAGCAGCACGAUAUCCUACCUGAGUUUGAUGUGGAGAUUAUGCCAGAGUGGGUGUUUGUUGGAUGUGUUGCCCUGGGCAGUGUCCUCUUCCUGUUGCUGCUGGGCGUCUGCUGGUGCCAGUGCUGCCCCCACUCCUGCUGCUGCUACCUCCGCUGCUGCUGCUGUCCGGAGACCUGCUGCUGUCCACGCCACUUGUACGAGGCAGGCAAGAUGGCGAAGACUGGCCAGCUGCCCCAGACCCUCCAGCCGUCCCAGGUACCAGUGUACCCCUACUACAUCCCUGGGGUGCCCACCCUGGUCCCUCUAGCCCCUCCGGCCCAUGCAGAGCCCAAGAUGUCCUCUUUUCCCUCAAUUGAAAAUAACCUAGCGGCAGCGAGAAGUGGUUAUCGGCACCAGGCCAAUGAAGCUCUGUACCGCGUAGAGAAGGAGCUGGCUAAGUUCCCCUCUACAAAGAUGGUCACGCUCCAACCCAGGAGCCUAUCAGAGCUGAGCUCGCUCCAUGAAGGCGGGAACGUGGAUUUCAGGCACACCUACCAGACGGUCCAGAUGAAGGCGCUCCCGUCCAUAGUGGACCUUGACGACCAAUCAGCUCACCGGGCGGCUCCGCCCACUCAGGGUCGCAGGGGGAGGCGGCUCAGAGGCAACCAGUCGGACAACGAGCUGGACCGAAGCAGGUGGAAUCCCCGCUCGGAGCACCUGCAGAGGAAGACUCUGGGCAGCAGAGGGCGCACCGGCUCUCUGGACGAGCUGGAGGAGUUUGCCCGCUCCUACGGCGGCACACGGGCCGGCCGAGGGGAUCCCCGGGACCGCGACUACGACCGGGACUCCCCCGGCGGCAGCCCCCCUCGCCGUUUCCGCCGCGAGGAGUACGCCGACGACGACGGAGACUGGCGCCGGCGCAGCCCUUCGCUGGAGAAGAAGAGGAGGGGCACGUGGGACAGCGACCGUCCUUCGCGCCCCUCCGACCGCCGCGCACGCGACGACCGGGGCUACGACGACGGCUUCCUGAGCAGCGUCCUGGACAGCAAGGUCAGGGGUCGGGCGGGGCGCGUCGGGGGUGGCGGGGGCAGGCCGGAGGAGGACAGCGAUACCCCCUCCAAGGGCAGCUCCAGGGGGAAGGGCAGCGACUGCUACUACAGCCGGUCGUCUAGCAACCGUCCCGAGGAAGAGGACUCCCUGCCGCCCUACUCAGAGCUGGAGGGUGAGAGGUACCGCAGGGCCGAGGUGAGCUCGGACCGGUACCGCGAUGUGGAACCGCCCAGCAAAGAGCGCUAUCGCACCGUAGAACCGCCCAGCAGCGAGCGGUAUCGCACCGUAGAACCGCCCAGUAACGAACGCUAUCGCACCGUAGAACCGCCCAGUAACGAACGCUAUCGCACCGCGGAGCCGCCCAGUAAUGAGCGGUAUCGUGCCGCGGAACCGCCCAGUAAUGAGCGGUAUCGUGCCGUGGAACCGCCAACCCGGGAGGUUCUUCGCACAGCAGAACCGUCCAGCAACCAGCGGUACCGCACCGUAGAGCCGCCCGGCACCGAGCGGUACAGGACAGCCGACCCGGACGCGAGGCCGUUCUCUUACCUCCCAGCGCCCCAGAGGGGGCCGCACCACGCCUUACCGGGGGGCCGGGAGGAGCUGGAGAGAAACCGGAACCUGAGCCAUGCACUGAGCCGAGACAAUCUGAUAGUGUGACGACGCAGAACAGCGUGAGUCCUCCCCCCCCCCCCGGCUUCACACACCAUUGCCAUCCAUCACCUUUAAAGACUUUCACACCAAGCAGUCAAAGCAUCUUCUGUGUGCACUCAUGAAGAACCCAACCGUUCACUUAACAUGGAAAGCCCCAUGGUGAAGGAAACCAAGGACCAUCGCUACUUGAAAAGACUCUGGCAAGGAAAUCAACGGAGAUGGAGGGACAUGCAUGAGGAAUGAAUGAGAACCGCAAUAGUGUGCGGAAAGAGUUUAGUACAGCAGAGUAAAGGGUGUACGCGUUCUGACUGAGGAGUAAUGCUGAUAGCACCUGCCUAUAGGUAUUUAUAUGAAUGAAAAUGAAGGUGCUUUCCUGCAGGUCGGAGGUUGCUCUUAUGGUCCUCUUAGAUCAGCAGCGUGACGAAUAAACAAUAAUAAUGCCAUUGCCAAGGUGAGUGCCAUUCUGUACCAGUGCCCAGUUGUUCUGAAUCAUCCAAUUUGUUGCCAAUUUUGUAUGUAUUUUCGUAUGCAUUUUUUUAUUCCAGUACAUUCCUUGUGUUGUGUUACAUUCAGCAAAAAGAGUUCACGGCACUUUGAUCCGGAUUUUUCUACAAUAUUUUUUCAUUUCAGUUUGUUUCUCACUUAAAUUGCCACAGCUCAGGUUUACUCUGUUCAUGCGUGUGUGUGUGUGUGUUUGCGCGUGCGUGUGUGUACACGAACACGUAGGAGUGAGUCUGUGAAUGACUGUGGAUGACUGAGUGCUUUUGUUUGUGCUAUAUAUCUGAUGUGCUUUAGUACUUUUUGUAGCCAGUAUGUAUCAUUGUAUGGUAAUAUAUAUUGAAAUGCACUGAAACUAUCCAAACCCAUUUGUUACAUUAUGAAAAUAUACAGGCCUAGGCUAUUCCAUGGGCUUGGAGUUUGUGCCAUAGCACAUUUUUGUAUUAUACUUGCUUGGAAAAAAUCAAUGCCUUCGAAAUAAAAAAAACUAUGAUCUAUUCAUAAA